AAACAGGGAGAAAGGAAAGGAGGUGCGGCUGUUGCCACAUCCCUCCUCCUGCCACGUCUAGAGCCUCCUCUGCUGCAGCUGUGAAGGUUGCUCUGGCUCUCUGGGUCCAGGAGCAGAAGGAUGCGUUUGCAGGAAGCAGCGGAGAAGCGGAAGGAGAGAGGAAACACGUAGAGAGAGCAGCUUUAAGUGGGAGGACCGCUGAAUCCUUUUUUCCUGCAGCUGCAGUUGGAUGGUCAUUGUUCCGCCAAAGGAGGCGUUGGUUAUUUCUGUGGGUUUAUUCAUUUCACUGCUCGGACGGAGAGGAGACCCAUGCUCAACGCAGGGAGAAUGGAGGAGUUCAUCACCGAAGAGGAAGAGCCAUGGUACGACCAGCAGGACCUGGAGCAGGAUCUCCACCUGGCAGCAGAGCUGGGGAAGACUUUACUGGAGAGAAACAAAGAGUUGGAGGAUUCUCUGCAGCAGAUGUACAUCACUAAUGAGGAGCAAGUGCAAGAGAUUGAGUACCUGUCUAAGCAGAUGGAGGUGCUCCGGGACAUGAACGAGCAGCAUGCCAAAGUGUACGAGCAGCUGGAUAACACGGCCAGAGAACUGGAGCGCACCAACCACACGCUGGUCAGGGACAGCAAAGCCUCUCAGCAAAAGAUCGAGAGCUUGACGGGGACCAUUGAGACAUUGCAGAACAAGGUGGAGUCCUUAUCAGCGCAGGUGGAGCAGCUCCGCUCUAUGGAGCAGCUCCGAGUCAGGAGGGAGAAAAGGGAGCGACGCAAAACCAUCCAUUCCUUUCCAUGUUUGAGGGAGCUCUGUACGGCACCACGGUAUGAGGAUGAGUUUGUAGUGGGCCGGGCUGAGAGCUUUACGGUGGAAAGCAAACGUCAGCCGUAUGAAGAAGACAACCAGCCCUUGAGGGAGGCGGUGUCGGCACUGAGAGCCGCUGUCCGGACUGAGAGAGGAAGAAGGGAGGGAGUGGAGAGGGAGUGCAACCUCCUGAUCGCAGAAUUCUCCCGCCUGCAGACACGAGUGCAGGAUGCAGAGAGCUGCCAGGCACGUGUUCGGGAGCUGGAGGUGGAGCUGCAGGAGCUGCAGCAGCUUCGUCGCGCUCGGACCUUCCUGCUGAGCAGCGAGGAUGAUGGAGUGGCCCUAACCCAGACUGUCCUCAGCAUCACCCCUGAAACCGACACUUUCCUGGAGGCAGAGGACGCUGAGACCGGCGGUGGGGUGAGAGAGGAAGCGGAUGGUGGAGCGGGCGUCGAAGGCGAGGCUUUACCAGAGUCCAGCCCCGUGAGGAAGAGCUGCAGCGACACGGCACUGAACGCCAUCGUGGCUCGGGACGCGUCGGGCCGCAGGAGAGGCAGCUACGCCAUCCACGCCAACAGCGUUAGGAAGCGAGGGAUGUCCAUCCUCAGGGAGGUGGAUGAGCAGUACCACGUCCUGCUGGAGAAAUACGAGGAGCUGUUGGGGAAAUGCAGGCGCCACGAGGAGAGCCUGUGCCACGCAGGCGUCCAGACUUCCCGCCCCGUUUCUCGUGACCCCUCCAUGAAAGACUGCGCCAUGGGCCCCAUCCCGGCACCUCCUCCCACACCCACCCAGUCCCCCUCCACCCCCGAAGCUAUCGAGAGCAUCAGCAAACAGGUGGAGGCGGUGGAUAAGCGGCUGGGACAGAACACUCCAGAGUACAAGGCGCUUUUCAAGGAGAUCUUUUCCCGCAUCCAAAAAACCAAAAAGCUACCAAAGCUGCAAAAGUAGGGAAAUCGAGCAAAUCUGGAAAAUCAGGCAAACGCUAAAACAGGAGGACGAUGCUAUUUAAACAUGGGUGGACACAUUCCUAUAGAGGUUGCUACUACUAAAACUCAAGCAUUUAUUUCAUCCAGAACUAAGUUAAACAAAAACCUCCGAAAGAUAAACCACUCCAAUCGCACCUCAUAACUUAGGAAACACGCCUCAAAUCCAGUAAACCUUCUAGAAAAUAUCUUAUUCUCUUCCACUAUUAUUUUAUUUAGUCUGCAGCAAAAAGAAAAUCAGAUGAUGGCCGAUUUUACUGCCUUACUAGCUCUACACAUUACACUUCUAACACCAUAGCUGUGGCUAAACAGCCCAGUAUUGCACCUAAAGUUCAGGUUUAAGUAAAAUAAGACAAUUGGAGGGCUAGAUGUAACAAUUACUCAAGAUAUAUCUGUAAACCGUCUCACUAAUAUCUACAUAUUUCUUAUAAGAGAAGAGUUGAUCUCAUAUACAGCGCCUAACAGAAGUAUUUAUACUCCUCAGCUUUCAACAUUUCAACCAUGAUUGUAUUUUAUUAGGAUUCCAUGUGAUGGACCAACAGAAAUUAGUCUAUUACUGUGAAGUAGAGAGUUAAUAAUGAAGGAUUUCUGCAGAUUAAAUCUGAAAAGUGAGAUGUGUUCAGACUCCUGGUUCUACAGCUUUGCUGGUCUAGAAAGUUACGUUUCUUUGGAAGCUAGCUGAAGCUCCAUCAGGUUGGAUUGAGUGUAAGGAUCAGUUUUUAAGUGUUUGGAAAGAUUCUGGAUCAGAUUUUGGUCUGCACUUUGACUAGGCCAUUCAAACUAGAAAUAGACAAGAUUCACCGACCAUAGUAAGACUAAAACACAAAACAUGGAUUUUAUUUACAUUUUUAGUUGCUCUGAACUGAUUUUUUUUAAAGUUCGGAAUGAAUAUCAAUGCAUGCCACACCGUUCAGAUCUUUUAUUAUUUAGAAGCUUAAAAAACAUGCCUUAUGUUUUGUUUUUUUCCACUUCCCAUUUCUAUUCUUUUAUGUGAUGGUCCAUCACAUCAAAUCAGAAUGAAAUUCAGUGAGGUUUGUGGGAUGGGUGUGAAUAGUUUCUGAAGGCACCAUAUUAAACAUGUCUUUGUCUGUGUUUCGACCUAGAGGUGCUAAUAUAAAAACACUAAUAUUGUCUGUAAUGAGUCUGGAUAAGAUGUGUCGUCAAUGCGUCAAUGAAGUUAAGUCCUUCUGAAGAGAAACAGGUCCGUUCCUGCGUCCUUACUUCUACAUAGAGGAAGUAAUGUAGAAGUAGUAAAGACAAGCUCACAGCUCUAAAGAUGAACUAUUUUAUAUUUUAGUUGUUUCAUUUUGUGCUCACUUGGAAAUAAAAGAACUCAAAGCAAACAAGGGUUAAAACAACAUUAAUUUAUGGACAGUUAAUCUGACAAUAAUCUUUAAAUUUCUAAACAUUUCCCUGAAUUCUGGUUUUAAUUUCCUUUUAGUACCUCAUAUAUGUGUAUUGUAUCCUACUGUUUACACAGACAAUGAUUCAUACUCUCUGCUUCCUGCUCAGGGAUAGUCAGCUGCAAAUCAUCCCACCAUAGAAAUCCUGUAUUCAUAGAGGCUGCAUUCUCUCAAUGUCCAGCUGUUGUGACCUAAUCAAAUGUUCCUCCUUCCAUUUGCCUUGGAUGUCAUUAGUGGGAUUCAUAAAUAAUGCUGCAUCUAAUGGAACGCUAUGCUCCAUGACCAGGACAUAAACUAUUAUACUGAUUAUGCUGAUAACUCUUAUAUCAAUAUAAACACAUUAUGCUUCUUAACCUUUUGGGGAUUGAAAUAAAAAAGAAAAUUUUCACAGAUAUGUGUUGCAUCUUACUAUAGGUGUAAUUAGAGGGAUACACACCGAAAUGCACAGAAAGAUAAAUUCAUCACUUUAACACAGACUUGGUGUUCCAUAGCAUAAGUAGAUUACUUUACUAACUUAUAAUAAAAAAAAAAAUGGGCAUAUCACAUUGGACAGUCAGUAUGAUGUGCCUUUUAAAAAGUCUGAGUUGCUUUUUUCUGUUAAUAUAACAUACAAUAUAUUUCACAUGACUUUUUCAAUUGAGAAAUACAAUAAACACUACAAAAUGACAGUGCCAUCCACUUAAUAUAGAAUUACUACAUUGACAUUUAACAGUGAAUGACUUUCUGUUUACUCUACUUUCUAUUUUCCAACAGGAAGGACAAAUGGAACAUCUCAAAAAUGACUUUCAUAGAGAUUUUAGACAAAUAAAGCAGUUAUUUUACUUGUAGAAAAAGAAUGAUUGUUGUUAACACAAAGUUGUAGCGUAAUAUGGCUAACAGCCCGAGCUAAAAGAGGCUAACAUGUUAGCUACUGAGCACAGCUAGCUACAGCACUACCCUUUAUUUUAUGGUCUUGCAGUUACUUUGUUCACCAUAAACAGAUUUUUUUUUUAUCGAUCAGGUAAAACUUCAUCGGUCAUUAGACACGCUAACACAAGCCAAAUGCUACACACGUAGCCAUUUUUAAUGCACAUGUCUGUGGGAGUGGGGAGUACCAAUAUGGCUGCCAAUGGCUUCACUUUUUUCAGGCUAUCUGUAAUCCAGUGAAUAAAUAGAGAUAAGUAGUUCAUACGUUCAGCAGCCAUGUUGGAUUUAUAAGUCUGUGAGGGAGGGAUAUCUUCCUCUUUUUAAGUGUAAACUUCACACCACCACCCAAUUAAUUCCCCAGCUUUCUGGAUUUAAAUGGAAAACAGGAUGAUUUUAGCUUGUGGUUAAAACUGUGUAGCUUUGCUAGCCAAACUGAAAUUAGCUAAGAUGAUUUUUAUGUUAGCAAUAGCUUGUUUCCCUUUAAAGUAUUGGUAAGGAUUCACAUUGGUCCAAGCUUAGAGAAACUCUAACCAAGAUGGUAUUGUUUCACACAUUGAUUUACUGGAUCUUGGGAUAUUUUAAAAUAUUUGUGAGAUUUACUUUGAGAUAUUCAAUGACCAUGCUAAUAGUAAUACAAGCUUGUAUGCAUUUUUGCUGAAUUCUGUACAUUCUGAAGGUUUUUGCAGUUAAAAGUUUAUUGAGAUGCUAAUUGUGAGAAGACUAAAGAGUUUACAUGAGAGCAGCUAUUUUGGAAUUUUAAGAAAAAGGCUGGAGAAAAUUUUUCCCAUCCAGAGGU